AUGGCUGAUGGUGAGAAGGCGAUCUAUACUUUCUUGGAGGUCUUCAUUGCUGUAGUAUGUUGCCUGGGCAACCUGCUGGUGAUCUGGGCAGUCUGGUCCAGCCGAGCCCUCCGUCAGACCACAUUCUGCUUUGUCUUGUCACUGGCAGUGGCAGAUUUUCUGGUCGGAGCUGUGGCCGUGCCGCUCGCCUUGGUAGUUGAUGGACGUUUGCAGACUACUUUCCACAGCUGCCUCUUCAUCAGCUGCAUGGUCAUCGUGUUGACCCAGGCCUCUGUGCACUCCCUGCUGGCCAUAGCAGUGGACCGAGUCCUGCGUGUCUAUAACCCUCUCAGGUUUAGAGGAGCAGGCAAAAAGCAACACUUGUGGGCAGCGGUCAUAGUUUGUUGGCUCACCGCUUCCAUACUGGGUCUCAUCCCAAUGUUUGGAUGGCACAAUGAUGACCCGACGACAAAUGUCAACUCCACCAUUACAUGCAAAUUCCUUACAGUCAUAUCCAUGUCCUAUUUGGUCAACUUCAACUUUCUCAUCUGUAUACUUCCACCCACAGUCAUCAUGUUGGUGCUCUACACUUUUAUCUUUUAUACAAUAUCUAAACAUCUUAGAAAAGGAGUCGGACGAGUCGUGGAGUCCAGAACGUUUUAUCGUAAAGAGCGAAGACUGGCCAAUUCGCUAGCAUUGGUCCUGGUUCUGUUUGUCGUGUGCUGGCUCCCGAUUCACAUCAUGAAUACCUUGAAUUACUACAUCACAAGUCUACCCUCUGUUGCCUUCCACAUAGGGGUACUCCUCUCUCACGCCAACUCUGCUGUUAACCCUAUAGUGUACGCUUUCAAGAUCCCAAAGAUUAAGGUGGCAUAUAAAACCAUCUUGAUGAAGUUAACAUUCUCAGAACAGCCGGCAGAUAAGAGCAGCCAGACUUUGGACAAUAUCGGCAGCAGCAACUCAAACAGCCUGAUCAGGUGCACUAUGAAAAUAAGUCAGACUCCACAGGUUGUUUUAACCGUAAAUUAAAAAGUUUAGCAUGGGCUACUGCAUACAUGAAACGAAAUAUUUGCUAACAAAGUUGGGACACACUUGACUGAAA